AUGGUACGAUGCGUGUUACCCCGUAAAGAAUUGGGCAAAACUGUAAUUGAUGACAGCAUCGACUUGCAUCAGUUCAGCAAAGAACAUCCAGAAAUACAACCAGGCGGCUGGUGGAAACCACGUGACUGUAAGGCGAGAUCUCGUGUGGCUUUCGUGAUACCAUUUCGCGACAGGUGGAAGACGCUCAGAGUGCUGUUACCGCAGUUACACCUAGUCCUGCAGAGACAGAAAAUUCAUUACCGGAUCUUUCUGUCAGAACAGAGUGGCAAUGAAACCUUCAAUAAAGGUCGCAUUAUGAACGCAGCGUUUUUAGAAUCGCAGAAGAUAUUCAGUUUCGACUGUGUAACAUUCCACGACGCUGAUCUGAUCCCAGAAAAUGACCGCAAUCUUUACGUCUGUCCCUAUAUGCCAAGACAUAUGUCAGUUUUAGUCAGCACUCUCAACUAUACAGGAUUUUAUAACUUGCUGAUAGGGGGCGUACUGGAAAUGAACAUUUCCCAUUUCCGGGACGUGAACGGUUAUUCCAAUGAGUACUGGGGUUGGGGCGGUGAAGACGACGACAUCGCUUUCAGGAUAGAAAAUUCCGGCUACCAUUUUAUUCGCCCACCACGUGAGGUUGGCAGGUAUUUUAUGGUUGAACAUAAGAAGGCGUACAGGAACCCUCAAAGGUGA